UCGGCCCCGUCCUGUCGUUAUGCUUGAGUAUUGGCUGGUGUGUGGCGAAUUAUGCAGAUAUCUGGACGUCGGAGGAGGAGGGCUGGAGGUUGGGCCAGCGGAAUGCUACGUGUCUUGAAAGUCUCUCCUUUUAAAAGCCCCCCCCCCCCCUUCGUCUGCAUCGAUUUACUGUAGCCAAAAAGUUUGUUACAAGUUACAACUUAACAGCGAGCGACAGACUCCCCCGAUCCAAGUCCGAGUCCGGAGAUCAGCGGUCCAUUGGUGGUGUAACUCGUACGAAAUGUCCGGGGUGAAAAAGCUUCGCACGGACCUCAACAGGUCAACUAACGUGGUGUACCAAGCCCACCAUGUCAGCCGGAGCAAGAGAGGGCAGGUCGUGGGCACCAGAGGAGGUUUCAGAGGAUGUACCAUCUGGCUCACUGGUUUGUCUGGUGCUGGGAAAACUACAAUCAGUUUUGCCCUGGAGGAGUUCCUUGUGUCCCACGCCAUCCCUUGCUACUCGCUGGACGGAGACAACAUCCGACACGGCCUGAACAAGAAUCUGGGUUUCUCUGCCGAAGACCGCGAGGAGAACAUCCGCCGUAUUGCCGAGGUGGCCAAACUGUUUGCCGACGCUGGGCUUGUUUGCAUCACCAGUUUCAUCUCUCCUUUCACCAAGGAUCGCAAUGAGGCAAAGAAAAUCCAUACAAGUGCUGGGCUGCCAUUUUUCGAGGUGUUUAUUCACGCAUCUCUUGAGGUGUGUGAGAGCAGGGAUGUCAAAGGACUUUAUAAGAAGGCUCGAGCUGGAGAGAUCAAAGGCUUCACUGGGAUCGACUCAGAUUAUGAGCGUCCUGAGGCACCAGAGUUGGUACUGAAAACUGGGGAGCUGUCAGUGAAUGAAUGCGUCCAUCAAGUGUUGGAACUGCUCAGGGACCAGAAUAUUGUACCAGGAGAGAUCAUGGAGGGGGUGAAUGAACUCUUUGUUCUGGAGAACAAGCUGAAUCUCGCUGUGGCUGAUGCGAACACGCUACCCACCAUCAGCAUCACCAAGUUGGAUCUACAGUGGGUGCAGGUUUUGGCGGAGGGCUGGGCGAGUCCUUUGAAGGGCUUCAUGAGAGAAAGAGAGUUUCUCCAGGUCCUGCACUUUGGCAACCUGCUGGAUGGUGGGGCCAUCAACUUAUCUGUUCCCAUCGUCCUGCCUGUUAGCACCGAGACCAAGCAGGAGCUGGACGGCUCUGCAGCCAUAGCUCUGGAGUACCAGGGUUCUCGUGUGGCUAUUCUCAGGAACCCAGAGUUCUACCAGCACCGCAAGGAGGAACGCUGUGCCAGACAGUGGGGCACCACUUGUCCAAAACACCCUUACAUUAAGAUGGUUAUGGAGGGCGGUGACUGGCUUGUUGGUGGAGACCUGGAGGUGCUGGAGCGAAUCAAAUGGAACGAUGGACUUGACCAGUAUCGUCUCACUCCUUCUGAGCUCAAGCAGAAGUUCAAAGACAUGAAAGCAGAUGCGAUAUUCGCAUUUCAGCUGCGCAACCCGGUCCACAAUGGCCACGCUCUGCUGAUGCAGGACACCAAGCGUCGUCUGCUGGAACGAGGCUACAAGAAACCAGUCCUCCUGUUGCACCCCCUCGGUGGCUGGACCAAAGAUGAUGAUGUGCCUCUGGAAUGGCGGAUGAAGCAGCAUGCUGCCGUCCUGGAGGAAGGCGUCCUGGACCCGGCCAACACCAUUGUAGCCAUCUUUCCCUCGCCUAUGAUGUACGCUGGGCCCACAGAGGUUCAGUGGCACUGUAGGGCCAGAAUGAUCGCUGGCGCAAACUUUUACAUUGUUGGCCGGGACCCUGCAGGUAUGCCUCACCCGGAGACUAAACAGGACCUGUAUGAGCCCACUCAUGGAAGCAAGGUGCUCACAAUGGCCCCGGGCCUCACCUCUGUGGAGAUAAUCCCCUUCAGGGUAGCCGCCUACAACAAGAACAAGAAGGCUAUGGACUUUUACGACAAAGAGCGACACGCUGAGUUUGAGUUCAUCUCUGGAACCAAGAUGAGGAACUUGGCUCGCAGCGGAGAAAACCCUCCAGACGGUUUCAUGGCUCCCAAGGCUUGGAAGGUGUUGGUCGAUUACUACAACUCUCUUCAGAAGGACAAGUAAUCUGCACAGCGCUCGGCUCACCAGCCAGCAGCAUACUAUGAAAAGAUAAAGUCGGUUCUUAAUGGGGGUUAAAUAUACACCCAUCUCUCCAGGAAUAGUUUAGAUAUCUGCCUCUUUUAUCUUAUCCAAAAACGCUCAGUAAGAAUGAUGAAUUUAGAUUUCUAUAAAUAAUGGUAAAGGUGGGUGUUCGGAUCAGAAUGACUUCUCUUGAGCAGUUGCAUUCCUUUAAAAUGAUGUGAUUUAUAAAUCCAUUGUAUGUUUAUACAUAUUAACUUAAGCUAUGUAUUUUAAUAAAUUAAGGGUAACAUGAGAUUCUUUAUACUAUUUUUAUUUUUUAAGGUUAGGAGACCAUCCCAUGACAGAUAAAUCAUUGUUUUAUAUUUACACAAUAUUUGAAGGAUGCAUGACCAAAAAAAAAAAGAUUUCACAUUUUAUGACAAUUACAUCACAGUCUAGUUAUUUGUAUGUUACCUGAAUGAAAGCAUUUUUAUUACUACCUACAGUGCCUGUUUGUAUUUACAUGUAUGGAUGUUAAUUAAUUCAUCAUGCUACUGUUAUCUAUUAUUGUAAAAAUACAAUGUAGGUUGUUUUAUAUGUGAAAGUGCCUUUCUCUCAAAUGCCAACAUUAUAAAACUGAAAUUGUUAAAAAUGUAUUGUUGGAGUUUGUCUGAAAUGUCUCCAAGCCUCAUGUGAUGUUGUGAAGUGGGCAUGUGCAUUCAUUUAAUAAAAAGGAACAUUAAAGGGUGUAUGUAAAAUGCACUAAUAAAGGAA